CUAUCGCCUCCUCCCACCCCUCUCCCUCCUGCUAAGACGUUUCAUUAUGAUAACGAUACGUGCGGUGUUUGGUUGUUCUAGUCGUUGUACAAAUCAUCCUGUCUUAAUUGAAGAGAAUUUAUUCAUUAAGUGGUGAGCGCUCUUCAAGACAAGGCCCGUCUUGUAGCCGUUGUAGAUAGAAUUGCUAGUGACUUGUUAAGAGACGGUAUAAUCGGCGUCACUAUAACGGCCGCUUUGUCAAGGUGUGGGAGACAGGUAGCUUGUCAUGAUGGACCCGCGGGAGGCUGCACUUUGUUUACCGUUGUAGAUAGCCAUUAAACCUAUUACACACAGUUUUACUCAAGAGCUUCCGGACAGCAGGAAACGUUUACUGUGUGACGGUGCCGGGAGUUAGGUAGUUUUUGUAUGGAAACAUUUUGUGAUUUUUAUUUUUUUAUUUUUUUUAUUUCUCACCAAACGGAAAUUUGGUCUAUAGAUGACACACAGAAACUGUAAGGCUUCUCCUAUAUUUUUUUUACAGGUUAUCAGCACACUUAUUAUUCUUUAUACGGAAAAUAGUAUUUAUUUUAUAUAAGGGAAGUUGUUCAAAGAAGUUGUGCAAAUAGGACACGAAUGAGCUUGUGAAAUAGGAAUGGAUUGCAGCAUGAAUUCAAGACAUCACAACUCCUUGACAUCGUCGUGCUAUUCUAGAGACAGCGUUUUUUUUACGGCACCUAGAACCUGGCACCCACAUAUUUACGAGAAAACUCCUAAGCAACCGACACCCCAUUUCAUCUCCAACAUACUUGGGACGUGUUAUGAUAAUGACAAUGUGAAAAUUGAGGACACGAGAUCAAUUGAUGGGCGAAGUGACGAGCGACGACAUUGUGGCUAUGGGUACGAUUCCAAUGGUGAAAAAGAGGGUUAUACUAAACACCGGAACGCGGACUUAGACGGGUACAUAUCCGGACCGGAGAACUUGGAAAAUAGACAUCACGGUACAAGCCUUGAAAGUGACGGAGAUACCAAACAGAAACGGAAAAGCGAAGACGAGGAUUCAAAUCCGGACAACCAAGCAAAGAAGAAAAAAGCGCGAACCACAUUCACCGGCAGACAAAUAUUUGAACUGGAGAAACAAUUUGAACUAAAGAAGUAUCUCUCGUCAGCUGAACGGGCAGAAAUGGCGGCACUGCUAAACGUAACAGAAACACAGGUGAAGAUUUGGUUUCAAAACAGACGAACAAAAUGGAAGAAACAGGAAAAUAUUUCUAAUGCUGAAGCGGCGGAACAUAAAGUACACGUCGACAAAACGCACGACAUGGCACGUGCGUCUGUCAACACUAAAGCGGGAAAGUCUGAAUCCGUGUCUGUGCCAGUCGUUCAGAUCUCUUUAAAACAAACAAUUUUUACACAACAAAUAAACAUGGAAGGAGAUAUCGUAAAACCAUCACAUGAUUCCUCAAUUUCAAUCAACCAUUCCGAUAAUUCCAACCCCAGACAUGACCCCUCAUCAGAGUGUGAAAAUUCAAAAGACUCAAAUGUUCAUUCGGAACACGAAUCUUCGGGGCCUUGUGUUGACGUUGACGUCACUGAAACUCGUGUACCAGAAAGUAAUGAUGUUUUAGACGAUGAAUCGUCAAAAGAUAUUCCACCAACAAUUUGUUCUCAACCGUUCCAAUGACAUCGUGACUGUGUAUGAUUUAUAUACGUUAUACAUUUGUAUUGUUAUUAUGUCUCGUCGUAUUUAUAUCUAAAAUAGGUCGCCACCAUUUAAUUUAUUAAGAUUUACUGUAAAAUGUGGUUUGGUAGGUGCAACAAAGCAACCAAACUACUUAAACAAUGAUAACAUUGAGUCAUAUUCGGUCCUACAAAUAUUUUCUUCAAUUUUGAUAACAUGUGCCACAUUAUAACUCUACCAUUUUGUGAUACAAACAUGACGUUUUAUUGACCUUUCAAUUAGGACAAAAAUGUCAUCACAGGACUAGUACAGUAAAACACUGCAAUAAAGAAGUUUCGUAACAUUUGAUGUGAAGACGAAUAGGCAGUAAUACGUCAGAUGUACGUUAUAAUCUCACCUACACUGGUCACACUAUCAGAGGCUUUUAAUACGUCAGAUGUACGUUCUAAUCUCACCUACACUGGUACCACUAUCGGAGUCUCUGAACAGGCUGGUGAAGCUAGUUUAUUCCAGAGGUGUAUCACUGUGUUAUUCUGCUUUCGACAUUGUUUACAUAUAAUUAACAUUGUCCAACAGUUUGGAUAUACAUUUUAACUAUAUUUGUAAAAGGACGAAGUAGAUACUAGUUUCAAAAGUAAAAUUGGCACCUUGCCAUUCCCGACCAUAUCAACUCCGCUUACCGUUUCCACUAGUGUCCCAAUAGAGUAGGUUGGAGACUGGAAAUUUGCUGAAAAAACUAUUUAUCUGAAAACAAAUGUGUUCUCACAUCGACCGAGAUGAAGGCCUUUAAUAGCCUAGGUUGGUCAUUUAAUUGACCACACACGUCAGUGGCACCGGACCAAAAGCUUGAAAGGAAACAGAUGACAGACCAGACAUUUUCUAAACAAGUCAUUAAAAGUAACGACGUUUUGUGUAAUAGGUCCCGACUGUGUUUUCCUUAGUAGGAUGUGUAACGGCAGGCAUUGUACUCGGGCUAAGGGCACACUCCGAUGUUGUUACUUAAUGUACACUGUAUUCUUUGUCUGUUGGUGUUUAUACGUUGUGGCUGUGUAUUAUUUCUAUGAUAACAGAGUCAGUAUACAAAAUAAAAGUGC